AUGACUCCGGACAGUUCCAACACCAUAACACACCAUCCAAACGUGUACAAUCUACAGCACAUGGAUCGAGGAGGUCGCGACAGCUCAACACACUCGCCAAUGGCCUUCACCUCUCACAGCACCAGCGUCGAGCACCAUCACGUCGGGAAUCUCCACGUCGGCGAGCACCAGCAGCAGCAAGAUGCCGGCAUCCCCAUAGCAAGGCAUCACUCCAACCCGGAGGCCACCGACGUGGAGAGCCAGGUGACGGCGGGACGACAGUCUCGUUUCCCCCACGUCAGCCUGGAGAAUGAUCCCUAUGGUCUAUCGUUAGCAUACAAGACGGAAUCGGAUAUUGCGCAGCUGAAGGCCAAUACCUCGCGCAAGAGGGAUGCCCUACCUUCACUCCUGUCGUCGUCAUCACACAGGCAGCAGGGGCAGCAGGGGCAGCAGGGGCAGCAGCAGCAGACAUCGGGGAAGAAGGGGGAGGCUGGGCCGAUGGUGUCGCGACGCCAGAUCCAGGGCUUCUACGAGAACCAAAACGCGAUGAUUGAACGGAUGCUCAAGACGGUGGAGGAGCACCGCGCCGACGCGGCUCAGGAGGCGGGCGACGACCAGAUGAAGGUGCGGAUCGCGGUGUGGGGGUCGCUGGCGGCCAACGUCUUCCUGACGGCGCUGCAGCUGUACGCGGCCAUCUCGUCCGGGUCUCUGUCGCUGUUCACGACCAUGGCGGACGCGAUAUUCGACCCGCUGAGCAACGUGACGCUGAUCCUGUCGAACCGGGCGAUCGCGCGGGUGGACCCGCGUCGGUUCCCGGCGGGCAAGGCGCGGCUGGAGACGGUGGGCAACAUCGUCUUCUGCUUCCUGAUGACGGCCGUGUCGCUCAUCAUCAUCGCCUUUGCGGCGCAGGAGCUGGCCGAGUCGGACGAGGCCAAGGACUUCCACCUCCCGUCCGUCAUCGCCGUGUGCGUCGCCUUCGGCACCAAGCUGGCCCUCUUCCUGUACUGCUGGGCCAUCAAGGACAGGUACAGCCACGUCAACAUCCUGUGGCAGGACCACCGCAACGACCUCUUCAUCAACGGCUUCGGCGUCCUCACCUCGGUGGGCGGCGCCAAGCUCGUCUGGUGGAUCGACCCCAUGGGAGCCAUCCUGCUGUCCGUCCUCAUCUCCGCCAUCUGGCUGCGCACCGCCUUCGGCGAGUUCCUCCUGCUCGUCGGCGUCGCCGCCCCGGUCGAGAACCAGCAGCUCAUCACCUACGUAUGCCUGACCCACUCCGACGCUAUACUGGGCAUCGACACCGUGCGCGUCUAUCACUCCGGGCCUCGGCUCAUUGCCGAGGUGGACAUUGUCAUGGACCCCGAGGGUUCGCUCAUCGAGGCCCACGACGUCGCCGAGGCCCUGCAGUUCAAGCUGGAGAGUCUGCCGGAUAUAGAGCGAGCCUAUGUCCAUAUCGAUUACGAGACUACGCAUAAGCCUGAGCAUGCUUUCAAGAAGGAUAUGUAG